AUGGCUAUUCUAUCCAUUGUGAGCAUUUUUGCAGCGGAGAAAAGCUACUCCAUUCCACCAGCAAGUAAUAAACUUCUGGCCUCUCCAGCGCUGAAUCCGCUGUAUGAUGCAAAGGCCGACGCUGAGAUCAAUGUGUGGUGUGACGAGUUUCUGAAGUUGCAACCUGGAAGCGAGAAAUCUGUGUUUAUUCGAGAGAGCAGGCUUGGAUUGCUCGCAGCUUAUGCAUACCCGAGCAUUUCAUACGAGAAGAUUGUUCCCGUUGCAAAGUUCAUCGCUUGGCUCUUUCUUGCAGAUGACAUUCUGGAUAACCCUGAGAUCUCUUCGUCGGACAUGAGGAACGUGGCAACCGCAUACAAGAUGGUUUUCAAGGGAAGAUUUGACGAGGCCGCACUUCUGGUCAAGAAUCAGGAGCUGCUGAGGCAAGUGAAGAUGUUAUCUGAGGUUUUGAAAGAACUGUCCCUCCAUCUAGUGGACAAAUCCGGCCGAUUCAUGAAUUCUAUGACCAAGGUGCUCGACAUGUUUGAGAUUGAAUCGAACUGGCUUCACAAGCAAAUCGUUCCCAACCUGGACACGUACAUGUGGCUGAGAGAGAUCACAUCUGGUGUUGCGCCUUGCUUUGCUAUGCUUGAUGGUUUACUGCAACUUGGGCUGGAAGAGCGUGGCGUGCUGGAUCAUCCUCUCAUACGCAAGGUUGAGGAGAUUGGGACGCACCACAUUGCGCUCCACAAUGACUUGAUCUCGUUCAGGAAGGAGUGGGCGAAAGGGAACUACCUCAACGCCGUGCCCAUUCUCGCCAGCAUUCACAAGUGUGGUUUGAACGAGGCGAUUGCCAUGUUGGCGAGCAUGGUGGAGGAUUUGGAGAAGGAGUUCAUCGGGACAAAGCAGGAGAUCAUUUCAAGUGGGCUUGCCAGGAAGCAAGGCGUCAUGGAUUAUGUGAAUGGGGUAGAGGUGUGGAUGGCCGCAAACGCAGAAUGGGGAUGGUUGAGUGCUAGAUACCAUGGAAUUGGGUGGAUCCCUCCUCCAGAAAAAUCAGGGACCUUCCAACUCUAG